AUUACUCACAUUAUAAAUCUUUGGAGAGAAAGAGGGUAAGAGAGGGAGAGAGAGGGAGAUAGAAAGAGAUAGAGUUAGAGUGGAGAGAGAGAGAGAGAGCAAGAGAGAGAUAUAGUCUGUUGAGCUCAGAGAGGUUUAUCUUCAGGUGGAGAGAGAAGAGGGGGAGGAAGAGGGAAAGAGCAGGAGACAGGAGGAGAUUAUAAAAGAUAAAGAGGAGUACAGAAAAGAGAAAGAGAAGGAGGACAAAUGAAGAAGAAAAGACUCAGGAGUAGGACAAAAAGGGAAGAGAAGAAGAAUAUAUUUUGAUUUUAUUGAGGCAUAAUGAAGAUUUUCAGCAUUUUGGCAACUGUUUGAUAAGAUUAUCAAGAAGACAAACUACAGACAAACAUGUGGAGAGAUAAACAGGCUGGAAGUUGGCGAAGCAUCUUCAGGGCUGACUGAAAGCUUCACCUGUUUAUCAUGACAACCACCUGUCUGAAGAAUGUUGAGCAGAAGUGACCCUAUGGAUUAAAAAUGUGGGAGGUGACUUUGAAAUGUGACCUCCCAAGGAACUUCCAGUCUGUCUGACUGCCGGACCACCAUGUUUCCCCCCCUCCCCUGCCUCCUUUGCCUCGCGCUCCUCCUGCCGUCAUUGGGCUGGUGUCAGACCGGCGGUCAAUUCAAUGUUUGCCGAUCUCUACGUGUCUCGGAGGCUGGACCAGGAUGGGAGUUAUACGCCUGUCAGCCUCCACCUGCCAACAUGAAGGAGGUGAUGCAGAUCAAAGUUGACCCCCCCGGCAUCACUUGCGGAAACCCACCAGAGAGAUUCUGUACACUGGAGAACCCGUACCUGUGCAGCGAUGAGUGCGAUGCAUCAAGCCCCGACUUGUCUCACCCUCCUCAGCUGAUGGGAGACAGGGAGCGAGGGGGGCUCAUCACCUACUGGCAGACAGUCACAUGGUCCAGGUUUCCUGAGCCCCUAUUGGCCAACAUUACAUUGUCCUGGAACAAGAGUCUGGAAGUUGUCGAUGACAUUGCCAUCACUUUCGAGUAUGGCCGACCAACCAGCAUGGUGCUGGAGAAAUCCCUUGACAAAGGUGUAACGUGGCAGCCAUAUCAGUAUUAUGCUGAUGACUGUCUGGAGGCAUUUGGUAUGCCUCCUAAACGAGUCUCUGAAUUAGCUCCAAGUAACCUAACCAGGGUUAUCUGUACUGAGCAGUACUCUCGCUGGGUUGGAGCCAAGGAGGAGAAGAUGGUGGUAUUCGAGGUACGUGCUCGGUUCGGGGUGUUUGCAGGUCCAAAGCUGAUCAACAUGGAUGCCCUUUACACCCGUAUGGAGACCAUGAAGGGUCUGAGAGACUUCUUCACCUUUACUAACCUCAGACUGAGACUCCUCCGCCCAGCACUUGGAGGGACCUAUGUCCAGCGAGACAAUCUUCUGAAAUACUUCUAUGCUAUUUCCAACAUUGACGUACCUGCCAGGUGUAAGUGUAACCUGCAUGCGUCCCAGUGUGUGUUACGUGAUGCGACGUUGCAGUGUGAAUGUGAUCACAACACAAGUGGACAGGACUGUCAGCGCUGUGGCCCGGGAUUCAAUCCCCGGAGCUGGAAACCAGCGUCAUACCUACCCCUGCCCACAGGAACUGCCAACACAUGUGAAGCAGCAGAAUCAGCAGCCAUGACUGCGCCAUAUGAUUCCAACUCUUCACAAGACAGCACAGACUCCACCUUCUCUGGGACUGAUACUUCAAACCUGAUCACCAGUUCUACACAAUCUGCUGGAGUUACUACACCAUCACCUGGAGCACCAACAACACCAUCCAUAACCCCAGACAGUGACAGGGCUUCAUCCAGGGAUACUCAAUCCACUGGUUCAGCCACAACCAGACAGGCUGCAGAUCCUUCAUCUACAGUAGGAGCUGACAGAACUUCUUCAGAUGUUCCUUCAGACUUUUCAAUAAAUGCUCUUCCUUCUGGAGCCACUUCGGAUAAACCUCCUUCCGAUAUACCUCCUCCACCUGUACCUUCCACUGAAGUACCCACCUCUGUUGUAACUCCUCCAGAUGUACUUUCCCCUGCUGAAACCACUUCUGACAUAUCCCCUGACUUACCAGUUCCAGCUUCUGAUGUACCUUCCCCAGAUGUACCUUUUCCUGAUAUACUCCAAGUACCAUCUCCUAAUACACCACCUCCUGAUGCGCCUCCUCUCGAUUUACCUUCUCCUGAUGUACUUGCUCCAGAUAUAACUCCUCCAGAUGUACCGCCUUCAGAUACACUUCCUCCUAAUCUACUCCCUCCUGAUGUAUCUCUACCUGAUGUACCCCUGGAGUCAUCAGCUCCAAAUGUACCUCCCCCUGAUGAAGCUCCUCUUGAUCUAUCUCUUCCAGAUGUACCCCUUCCAGAUUUACCUCCCCCAAGUGCAUCUCCUCCGGAUGUACCACCUCCUGAUAUAACUCAGGAAGUCCCACCUCCUGAUGUUCGUCCUCCAGAUGAAGUUCUCCCUGAUGUACCCCCUCCAGAUGAACCUCCCUCCAAUGUAUCUCCUCCUGAUAUACCUACUCCAAAUGUACCUUCUCUAGAUGUCCCUCCCCCUGAUGCACCUCCUCUGGAUGUACCUACAGCUGAUCUACCUCCUCCAGAUGUACCUCCUCCAGAUGUAUAUUCUCCUGAUGUACCUUCUCCGGAUGUACCUCCUCCAGAUGUACCUCUCCCAGAUGUUUCUCCAGAAGUGUCCUCCUCUAGGACUCCAGACAUUCUGGUAGAUGUUCUCUCUCCUGAUGAAAUCACUCCUGAAGCACCUCCUCCUGAUGCUCCUGUGGACUCCUUGUUGCGUCCCUCAAAAGUAGGGGAAGGUGGUGCUGCACCAGACACAAGCUCCAAUUAUGUGGAUCAGUAUGACUCUGCCAGCGAAUUUGCCCCUGUGGACUUCACCUUCCCUUUUCCUGGUGAUCCAAAUUCAAUUAAAUCUCCACCAGAUUCUGGAAUAAUGCCUGUUGCUGAGCCCGGGACCACUCCAGAGGAUUCCCGUGGAUCUAUUGAUGCUCCUGGAUCAAAUUCAGUUGAUUCUGGAGGAGAUUAUGUGUCAGCAGGACUAGAUACAGGACAGAUUGGAAAUAUUGGAAUAGAAUCAGGUGGACCUGAUUCAACGGCAGUAUAUAAUGAAAGUCCGGAUUCAGGUUUUAGGCCAGCAGUAGAUUUUUCAGCAGCUCUGAUGGAAGGGAAGUCAACUGGAGAGGACUCAGCAGCCAGUGAACGAGCAGGGGAGUCAGUAUCAGAUGAAAAGAAAGACUCCAAAGAAGAGACAACAGGAGCACUCGAUAGUACAAAUCCUGACCCAUUUUUUGGACCAAAAUCCCCCAAAGCAGUAGAUAAUCCAGGAGUAGAUCCUUCGGCAGCUUUGAUGGAAAAUAAGUCAUCUGGAGAGAAUACAGAUGCCACUGGAACAGCAGAUGAGUCUGAUAAAAAUAAAAACUCAAAGGAAGAGAACGGAGAGCAGAAGGAAGUCAAAGAGGAAAGAAAAAAGGAUGCUAAAGUAAAAAAAAGGAAGGAGAAAGAAGAGAAGGACUACGAGAAAAAGAAAGCGACCCAGAAGAUUCUGAUUCCAGGAGGACCAAAGUUCAGUCAGCUGUCCAAAAUUGCCUACGUCACUUUUGAGGACUGUGAGUGUAACGGGCACUCCAACCGCUGCAGCUACAUUGACUUCAUCAACGUGAUCACUUGCGUGAGCUGCAAACACAGCACACGAGGACAGAACUGUCAAUACUGUCGUCUAGGUUAUUAUAGAAACACUUCUGUGGAACUGGACGAUGAGGAAGUCUGUGUUGAGUGUGACUGUGAUCCAGAGAGCAGUCUCUCUCCUCACUGCUCGGACUCAGGUCUUUGUCAGUGUAAACCUGGAUCCUCGGGCCGGCGCUGUGACACUUGUUCACCUGGAUACAACUGGAGAAAAGAUGGAGCCAGCUGCAUAGAGAACAUCUGUGAUGACGAGCGUUUGAUUUGUCAAAAUGGAGGAACCUGUGACGACUUUCAGCAGUGCCUUUGUCCCGACAACUUCACAGGUCCAUUUUGUGAGAAGGGUGUGUGUUUGAAGAAAGGCGGUUGCCCCGACAACGCUGAAGGCUCCUCCUCCUCUCUGACUUCACACCUCUACCUGUUGACCCUGAGUCUGAUGUACUCCGCCUUUUUCUAACCAUGCCCACUUACAUUACACCAUGCCCUUUGAUUGUGACAUUAAGGGAUGAAUAUUAAAGGGGACUUUAAUACAGAGCCAUUUGUUUUAUAUGAACUGAACCUGUUUCCGGUGUGCACAGGAUGUGUUUUCAUAAUAGAAACACAUAUGAGGAUGAAUCACAGUCUGAUGUGUUGUCCUGGCGCAACAUUUUGGAAAGUUAGAAACACUAUAAUGUCGGCUUCUAAGGCAACAGUUAUAGGUCAGAGUCUGUUUAUGACACCAUGAUGUCGCAAAACACAACUGAAGAGAAGUAGCAGACACAGACGAUAGAAGGGCAGACACAAAACAACAGUAAGUAUACAGAAUAUAAAACGUAUAUGUAAUCAGCAUACAGUGUACCAAACAACAUGUCUUAACAGAUAGGAGCUCCAAGUAAAAAUCCUUAUUGACUUGAAAAAACUGAAAUGACUUUAAAAGAAAGACAUUCAAUGCUAAAACAUAGGUUUGGGAUACACUAUCAUAAAGUCACAAUUUUGACUGGAAACAAAAUGCGCCACAAAAUAUUUAGAAAAUAUGCUUGACUCCAGUAUUUUUUUUUCUUUCUUACAUUACUGUACUGUACUAUAUUUUAGCAAACUUGGGUUGGUUGAUUUAUUGAUGUCUUCAUAUCGCACAUUUAAAAAAAUAACAACAAUAGCUGUAGUUAAAAAUAUAUUUUUGAAACAUAAAACAAAUACACAACAAAAGAAAGAAAAGAAAAAUUCCUUCAUAUGUCAUCAAACCUACAUGCCCGAAAACCUUUGAAAGUAAGAAAAGCCUUUAAUGUCAAUCUUUGAUAAUGAAAUACCCCUCUACAAAUGUGCUAUAAUAACCACAGAAAGGAUACAAUUCGUCACUUACAAAUAAACUUAUUUGCAUUUUUCCUGUCAUGCCCAUGCUUGUUUUGUUUACAUUU